CGAUGCUAUUCAACCGUGAAGCCAGAUAUUAAGUUGCUUAAACAAAUCCGCCAAGAAACUGAAGUGUCUAUGAGUAAAGCAAAAGAGGCGCUUAUUCAAACCAACAAUAACUAUGCUGAGGCUUUGGCCUGGUUAUCCAAGGAUGCUCAAAUUUCUGGAGCUAAAAAGGCACAAAAGGUCGCCGAUAGAGCAGCUGCAGAAGGUGUGCUUACAACAGCUUCUGUGCAAGUACCUGUACAAAAUGGAUACAAAACCACAAUGAUCGAGCUAAACUGUGAAACAGAUUUUGUAUCAAAAAAUGACAUGUUUAGAGGUCUCGCUUCAAGAAUUGCAGCUACUUCAUUAUUGAUGCAUGAAACACAACGCUCAGCUGGUCGUCCUAUUGAAAGCAUUUCGAUUGAUAGUCUUUUACAGUCACCAUUAAUGCCUCACCCAGAAGCUGAAUCAUCUGAAAUUGGAAAGACAGUACAAGAGUCUAUUGUGGAAACCAUUGGCAAGAUUGGUGAAAAUAUCACAUUGCGUCGUGCUGUUAUAGUAGCCGAUGGUAUCUCUGCCUCUUAUCUUCAUGGUGGUGAUGCUCAAAACGGUAAAAUUGGUGGCAUUGCUGUGCUUCAGCCCAAGAAGGUGUCCUUGGCUGAGCUUGAUGAAAAGGCAUCAGCUGCUUUAUCCAAGGCUGCUCGGCAGGUUGCACGUCAAGUGGUUGGCUUCAGUCCCAAGUAUUUAAAUCCAGAAGAUGCUAGUGAGAUAGAUCGUCAAACAGAAGGCAUGAGCCCUGAAGAAUUUGAU